GUUAAUCCACCAUUUUGCUUUUUACCAUGGAGCGUGAUGUCACGGGAGGGGGCAUGACCACCGAGAUGGCAUUUUAGCAGACCAAAAAAAGGUCUAAAGGAGUGAAAGCACACGGAUAGCACCAGCAAUGGUACGACCUUGCUGUGUUGUCAAUUGUAAUGUUAGAUCGGGAAGGGAAUAAGUUGGAAAAGGGGCUCUAUUUUUAUUGUUUCCCCAACUGGAAGCAACGUGAAGGAGCUCAUGUAUCAGAUGUUACUAAAAGAAGGUGUCUAGCCUGGACAGCAGCUGUGAGACGAGCUGAUAUCCAGUUUUGUACCAUCCACAGAUAUCUGUUGGUGUGCUCCAGACAUUUUCAUUCAGGUUGCGCUCUGCCCGUGCAUCUCUGCACACGCCCCGGCCUCGUCGUGAACGCGCGGCUCGCGGAGCAGCAUCAGCAGAGCGGGGGCGCGGAUCAGAUCGAAGCGGACAUUCUGCAGUCAUUGUUGGAGGAUCGUGCAGAGUUGGACGGACUUUCGUACCGAGGUCUUCUGCAGCGUGUCCGGUCUGCUUCAGCAUGGAGUUAUGAUGGAAUGGAUAUGAAUAUGAGCCAGUGGGAAGGCAUUCGAGCCCCUCUUCUCCGCCUGGCCUUGCUGCUGCUGUUGGUAUUCUUGAAGUCACCACUCUGCAACGGUCAGAAGACCCAUGGGGCUCCUCAAGAUGAAUCUCACUUCAGCUUCACUCAGCCUGUCUACCAUGCCACAAUUUAUGAAAACUCAGCAGCACGCACCUAUGCCAACAGUAAAAUUAAAAUGGGCAUCCACCUCGCCCAGCACUCCUGGGAGAUCCGCUACAGAAUCACCUCAGGUGACGAUGAAGGUUUUUUCAAGGCAGAGGAGUAUGUACUCGGAGACUUCUGUUUCUUACGCAUAAGGACUAAAGGUGGUAAUGCCGCCAUCUUGAACCGAGAGAUUCAGGAUAAUUAUGUAUUGACAGUGAAAGCUUCUGUCAAGGGAGAGGCUCUUCUUGAGACCUGGACUAAAGUCAGUAUUCAGGUUUUGGAUAUGAAUGACCUCCGGCCCUUGUUCUCUCCUACCACAUACUCCGUCACCAUAGCAGAGAGCACCCCUCUCAGAACUAGUAUAGCACAAGUUACUGCCACAGAUGCAGAUAUCGGUUCCAAUGGAGAGUUUUACUAUUUUUUCAAGGAAAAAACUGAACUGUUUGCUGUACACCCAACUAGUGGAGUGGUUACUCUCAGUGGAAGGCUUAAUGUUGAUGAGCAGAACCGUUAUGACUUAGAAAUUCUAGCGGUGGACCGUGGCAUGAAGCUUUAUGGAAAUAAUGGUAUCAGCAGCACAGCCAAACUUUUUGUCCAUGUAGAGCAUAUAAAUGAACAUGCUCCACUCAUGAAUGUCCUCACCCACAGCCCCUCAUGGCUGGAUAAAAAUCUUGUGUAUGCAGUGGUUACUGUUGAGGACCAAGAUGAAGGCUUAAAUGGAGAAAUAGAUUCCUUGGUCAUUGUAGGAGGAGAUCCCUCAGAGCAGUUUUUUGUUGACAGAACUAAAGAAGGAGAGUUUGCUAUUAAAGCCUUUGAGUCAAUAAGUCAAACGUACCCUUAUGGCUGUAAUCUUAGCUUGCAGGCUAAAGACAGGGGCACCCCACAGAAGUUAUCUGCUGUUGAAGUCAUCCAAAUCAAGGUCGAAAAACAUCAAAAUUCAGAUGCUAAAUUUAUGCAAGAGUUGUAUGAUGUCAGUUUAAAUGAAAUUUCACCUCCAGGUACACUUGUAGUGGCUGUUAAAAUCACACCAGAGCCUGAUGAUGCAGAAUAUAUCUUAACAACCUCUGCGGAUUCAUCUUUUUUUCAAAUGAAUACCCUAACGGGUGUAAUCUCUACUGCUCGCUGGUUCACUCAGGUGUUCCAGGAUGUCUUUAAUCUUGAAGUAAUGGAAAUGGAUAGUAAUCUCAAAGUUAAAGUGAGGGUAACCAUUGAGGAUGCCAAUGAUCACACACCAACAUUUGCUCAGUCCUCUUAUGAGGUUUUUGUUAAUGAAAGUGUACCAGUUGCAACCAGUGUAUUAACAGUUUCUGCAGUUGAUAAAGAUAAAGGUGAAAAUGGAUACAUAACUUACAGCAUUUCCAGUCUUCAGCCAUUACCCUUUAAAAUCAAUCAGUUUUCUGGUGUUAUAAGCACCACUGAAGAGCUGGAUUUUGAAUCCUCAUCAGAAAGCUUUAUGUUCAUAGUCAGAGCAUCUGACUGGGGGUCUCCUUACAGACGAGAAAGUGAAGUCAAUGUAACAAUCCAUCUAGAAAAUGUAAAUGAUAAUCAGCCAUUGUUUGAGAAGGUAGCAUGCCAGGGGAUUAUUCCUGAGGAUUUUCCAGUAAAUGAAGUUAUUACUACAAUGUCUGCAAUUGAUAUAGAUGAAUUAGAGUUAGUGAAAUAUAAGAUCAUUUCAGGUAACGAACAGGGGUACUUUGACCUCAACCCAGAUUCAGGGGUUCUUGCACUGCAGCAUUCUCUCUCAAGAGCCCAUCCAAAGAGUGGUUUAUUUAGUUUAAAAAUAACUGCCACUGAUGGUGAGAGCUUUUCUGAUCCUAUGUUUGUCAAUAUCUCAGUUGUUUAUGGAAAAUCUUCUUCCAAACGUUUCACAUGUAAAGAAACAAAUGUGGCUCAAAAAUUAGCUGAAAAGUUACUGAAAAAGUCCAAAGCUAGCAAUAAACCUAAAAUUGAGGAAGGUUUUAUUGACCUUUUUUCUGUGAAUCGGCAGACACCCCAGUUUGACAAAACAUUUCCCACAGAUAUUACUGUGCAGGAAGACCUUAAGGUAGGCUCAAGUGUUUUCAAGGUGAAUGCCUAUGAUGGGGACACAGGUUUCAAUGGUCAAAUUCUAUACUCUAUUUCAGAUGGAAAUAUUGAUAACUGUUUUACCAUUGACAUACAGACGGGACUUAUCAGUGUGUUCCUACACAUGGACAGAGAAAAAAGCGAUCGCUAUCUCCUCAACUUAACUCUCUAUGACCUUGGCCUUCCACAGAAAAGUUCCUGGCGGUUGCUUACUGUCUAUAUAAAAGAUGCAAAUGAUAAUGCACCCCAAUUUUUGCAAGAAGGAGGCUUUAGAAUUGUCAUACCUGAAAACAUAGCCAUAGGUACUGACGUCAUCCAGGUUGAGGCCAUUGACAAAGAUCUUGGGCCCAAUGGCGAGAUUGUAUACUCUCUUUUGACAAGCACCACUCAGUUUGGUAUCAAUUCCACUAGUGGGAUACUAUAUGUUGCUGGCCAACUAGACAGGGAGUUUGUCUCUACGUUUAACCUAAAAAUUGAGGCUCGGGACAAAGCGGAGAAAGGAAGCCAGAAGUUUUCUGUGACCACACUGAAAAUCAUUUUGGAGGAUGUAAAUGACUGUCCUCCACUAUUUAUCCCUGCUGUGUACAGAACCAGGGUUCUGGAGGAUCUCCCAGUAGGAACAGUUGUAGCCUGGUUAGAAACUCUGGAUCCAGAUUUGGGGUUGGGAGGCCAGGUUCGGUACUCCCUAGCCAGUGAUUAUAAUGGAUGGUUUGAAGUAGACAGGGCAAAUGGAGUUAUUCGACUCACAAAGGAGCUGGACUAUGAGACACAGCAGUUCUACAACCUUACUGUAAAGGCCAAAGACAAAGGAAGGCCUGUUUCUCUUCUUUCUGUUACCUUUGUGGAGGUGGAGGUUGUAGAUGUGAAUGAAAACCUCUAUGCCCCAUACUUUUCUGAUUUUGCUUUGACUGGAUUAGUUAAAGAAAAUGCCCGGAUUGGAACCACUCUACUCCAGGUCACAGCUAAUGAUGAUGAUGCUGGCAGAGAUGGAGAAGUUCAGUACUCCAUUCGAGAUGGGAGUGGGCUUGGAAGAUUUGCCAUAGAUGAAGAGACAGGCGUGAUCUACACCACUGAUAUGUUGGACCGAGAGAGCAAGGACUCCUAUUGGCUAACAGUUUAUGCCACCGACCACGGUGUGGUUCCCCAGUUCACCAGUAUUGACGUAUUUAUCCAUGUGGAGGAUGUUAAUGACAACGCCCCGUUGACUUCUGAACCUCUGUACCGAACCUCAGUGCCUGAGAAUUCUCCACGUGAUGUUUCUGUAAUCCAGAUCGAGGCUCAAGAUCCUGAUGCCACACUCUCCACUACUGCUGAGAGGCUCAACUACCGCAUUAUUAGUGGAAACCCACAGAAUUUCUUCACCAUCAAUACCCGCACUGGUCUGAUCACCACAACCUCCAGGAAACUGGACCGUGAACAACAAACAGAGCAUAUUUUAGAGGUGUUGGUGUCAGAUGGUGGCCCUAAUCCCAAGCAAAGUACUGUUUGGGUGAUCGUUCAAGUCCUGGAUGAAAACGACAACAAGCCCAUAUUUCCUGAGAAGGUGUAUCAAGUCAAACUUCCAGAGAGGGAGCGUAGAAAGAAGGGAGAACCAAUCUAUAGGGUGUUUGCCUAUGACCGUGAUGAUGGACCAAACUGUGACCUCUCCUACAGCAUUGUGGAUGGCAAUGAGGAUGGGAAGUUCUUCAUCGACCCCAAGACAGCAGUGGUAUCUUCACGCAAGGCCUUCAGUGCAGGGAGCUACGACAUCCUGACUAUCAAAGCAACAGACAAUGGGCGUCCUCAGAAAUCCUCCACAGCGCGACUGCACAUCGAAUGGAUCCGCCGACCACCUGGUCUCACUCUACCGCUGAUUUUUGAUGAACCAUUCUACAAUUUCACUGUGAUGGAGAAUGACAGGGUGGCUGAGAUUGUGGGUGUGGUAUCUGUGCAGCAGAGCUCCACCCCUUUGUGGUUUGACAUCACAGGUCCCAGGUCUUUCCGUGAGAUGUUCUAUAUUCUGCAGAGCACUUGUGGCAGGAACUGUUCCUCAGAAGGUGGGAACAGUGACAGUGUGUUUGAUGUAGCGAAGACUGUGGGCACCAUCAUCAUUGCCAAACCUCUUGAUGCUGAACAGUGCUCCUUCUACAACAUGACAGUGCAGGCUACAGAUGGCACCAACACUGCAUAUACCCAGAUUCACAUUACUGUUAUGGACAGCAAUGACAAUGCUCCCAUCUUCUUCCAACCAACUUAUGAUGUCGUUGUUUCUGAAGAUACACCACCUGACACUGAAGUGGUCCAGGUUCAGGCAUCUGACCGCGAUAAGCAUCACCAGUUGACCUACUCUCUGCAGAGUUCCAUAGACCCAAACAGCAUGGGUCUGUUCCGCAUUCAUCCCACCCAGGGCACUAUUUACACUACUCAGAGGCUUGACCAUGAGGCCUGUGCACGACACAUUCUCACUGUGACUGUAAAGGAUCAAGAAUUCCCAUACAGAAAAGAUUUGGUCCGUGUACUAAUAGAAGUGGAAGAUGUAAAUGACCACGUACCCAUUUUUACCAGUGCUCUGUAUGAAGGCUCAGUAUAUGAGUCAGCAGCAGUGGGAUCAGCUGUAGUCCAGGUGACUGCCCUAGACAAAGAUAAAGGCGAGAAUGCAGAGCUACACUACUCUAUUGAAGCAGGCAACAGUGGAAAUACAUUCCAAGUUGAGCCAGUUUUGGGUGUCAUCACUGUUGCGCAUGAGCUGGACUUAUCCAGCAUAGGCCAUUAUAUUCUCAAUGUCAGAGUAAUUGACAGUGGCUCCCCCCCACUUUCCACUACCACAAUAGUGCGGAUUGCUGUCACUCUAUCUGAUAAUGCUGGUCCAAAGUUCCCUCAACCUGAGUACCAGACUGAAAUCAUGGAGAAUGCAUUGGUUGGGACCUCUGUCAGUACAGUCAGUGCUGUCAGCCAGUCCACCCUCAAUUAUGACAUCAAGCAGGGCAAUACUGAUCAUGUUUUUCAGAUAAAUCAGUAUAGUGGAGUGAUUACUACUCAAAAAUCGCUUGACUAUGAGACUACAACUUCUUACACACUGAUAGUCCAGGCUAUUAACAUGGCUGGCAUGGCCUCCAAUGCUACUCUGUUAAUCCAGGUAGUGGAUGAUAAUGACAACCCACCAGUGUUCCAGGAGCUUCACUACCAUGGGAGUAUUAGUGAGGCAGCACCAAUUAACAGUGUAGUCUUAAACUUAGAUGGUUCACCUCUAGUAAUAAAAGCCACUGAUGCUGACCGUAACCAAAAUGCACUGCUGGUAUACCAGAUUAUUGAAGACACAGCAAAAAUGUUCUUCACUGUGGACUCAGGAACUGGCUCCAUCAGAACCAUUGCUAAUUUAGAUUAUGAGACCUUUACUAUCUUUCAUUUCCACGUACAUGUGAGAGACAACGGAACGCCACAGUUGACAGCAGAAAGUCCAACUGAGGUCACAAUACAAGUGAUUGACACAAAUGAUUCCCCACCUCGCUUCACCCAGAGUUCUUAUGAAACAGUCCUGUUACUCCCCACUUAUGUUGGAGUUGAAGCACUUCAGGUUUCAGCUACAGACCCUGACAAAGACAUCACUACAGAGCUUAUAUACUCUCUGACUGAUGGAGAACUGCAGCACUUUGCCAUCAAACCUUCAAGUGGAAUUAUUGUAGUCAAAAACAACAACUUUUCCAAAGAGCGCUUCCGCUUCAGUGUCAGAGUUUCAGAUGGUAAAUUCUCUAGCAUGGCUUUGGUGACUAUACUUGUCAGAGAAGCUCUAGACUCUGGUCUCAGCUUCACCCACAGUAUUUACUCUUCAUCUAUUAAAGAGAAUGUAUUGAAUAUCACAAAGGUAGCUGUGGUCAAUGCUAUUGGAAACCGUCUGAAUGAACCACUAAAGUACAACUUGUUGAAUGCUGGUACACAUUUCAAAAUUCGCCCAACAUCUGGAGUCAUCGAGACCACAGGUAUAGCAUUUGACCGUGAAGAGCAAGAGUUCUAUGAACUGGUGGUUGAGGCAAGAAAGGAGCAUGACCCUCUACAUGUGGCUAGAGUUGUAGUUAGAGUCCAAGUUGAAGACAUAAAUGAUAAUGCCCCUGUGUUUGUUGGACUUCCUUAUUAUGCAGCUGUUCAAGUAGAAGCUGAACCAGGAUCACCCAUUUUCAGAGUCAUGGCUGUAGAUGGUGACAAAGGAAUUAAUGGACAAGUAUCUUACUAUCUCAAAGAUGACCAUGGUCAUUUUGAAAUCAACAGGCAGACAGGUAGUCUCAGCCUCAAGAGGUCUUUUGAGUCUGAUUUGUCCAAUGUGGAAUACCGAAUGGUGAUAUAUGCCAGAGACAGUGGUUAUCCACCCUUUUCAUCUACAAUAGAGUUUCCCAUCACUGUAGUCAACAAAGCCAUGCCUGUUUUUGCCAAAUCAUUUUAUACUGUUGCAGUGAAUGAGGAUGUAGCUGUGCACACACCUAUCCUUGGCAUCAAUGCCUCAAGCCCUGAAGGACAAAGCAUCAUCUACACAAUUGUUGAUGGAGAUCCAUCCCUACAGUUUGACAUUGGUUUUGAUACCGGAGUCAUAAGUGUCAUCCAUGCUUUGGAUUUUGAGGCAACAUCAUCUUACCACCUGACUGUUAGAGCCACGGACUAUCUUACUGGUGCCCAUGCUGAGGUUGAUGUAGAUGUGUUUGUCCAGGAUGUCAACGAUAAUCCACCUAUCUUCCAGAAAAUGACCUACAGGGUAGUUUUAUCUGAAACAGCCAUGAUUGGAACGCCAGCACUCCAAGUAGUUGCCACAGACAAAGAUUCAGAGAAAAACAAUGUUGUCCGCUACCAGAUCUUCUCGAAUUCACGUAAUAAUACAGAGUACUUUCAUAUUGACAGUAGCAGUGGAUUAAUCCUGACAGCUCGUAUGCUAGACCAUGAACUACUCCAAAAAUAUGACUUUAUUGUCAGGGCAACUGAUAAUGGUUUUCCACCACUGAGUAGUGAAGUGUCUGUGACAGUCAUGUUGAAUGACAUAAAUGACAAUCCUCCAGUUUUCAACCAGCUGCUCUAUGAGGCAUAUGUAAAUGAGUUGGCAACAAGGGGUCACUUUAUAACCUGUGUCCAGGCAUCUGAUGCAGACAGCUCAGAUUUUGACAAGUUGGAGUACAGUAUUUUAUCCGGAAAUGAAAAAAGGAAUUUUGCAAUAGAAAAAAAGACAGGGAUAAUCACACUGUCCAGCCACCGUAAGCAAAGAACAGAGCCUGCCUAUAGUCUCAAUGUUUCAGUAUCUGAUGGGGUGUUCACCAGCACUGCACAGGUUCAUGUAAAAGUGUGGAGGGCCAAUCUGCAUAGUCCAGUGUUUGGACAGAAUAUGUAUGAGGCGGAGCUAAGAGAGAAUGCUGCUGUGGGAACCAAAGUUAUACAGGUCAAGGCAACAGAUGCAGACCCAGGAGAGUUUGGGCUCAUAACUUAUUCCUUUGUGAAUGAUGUUGGUAAGGACAAGUUUAGCAUCGAUGCAAAUGGUCAGAUCUACACCACAGAAAAACUUGAUCGUGAGGAUCCAGCUAACAGAGACAUUGUUCUCACAGUGGCGGCCCAAGAUUUAGGUGGACGAGUCUCUUACUGUACAGUACAAGUUACUCUAUUGGACGAUAAUGAUAAUGCACCUUGUUUCCGUGCCACAGAGUAUCGAGCUUCAGUGAAAUCUGAUGUGGCUCAAGGUUUUUUGGUGACACAGAUUCAGGCCCAUGAUCCUGAUCAUGGCAUUAAUGCUAAAGUGACAUAUUCACUUUACAGUGAGGCAAAUGUACCAGUGGUAGACAUUUUGGAGAUAGACCCGGACAAUGGAUGGAUGGUGACUAAAGGCAGUUUCAGCCAUUUCAGAAACUCUGUAUUAUCUUUCUUUGUGAAGGCUGUUGAUGGAGGAAAUCCAGUCAGACACUCUCUAGUGUCUGUCUAUAUCCAUGUUCUUUCUCCAGAGACUUUUAUUCCAUCCUUUAGCCAAUAUCAUUAUUUAUUCAAUACACCAGAGAACACUCCUAUUGGUUCAGUCAUAGGAACAGUUCACCUCAACACUCCUCUUGAAUUUACAUCACUCUCUACUACUUUUGCCCUGGUUAAUGGAGAGGCUGGUGAAAACAACCAAGAUGGUGUGUUUGUGGUGGAAAAGCAUACUGGAGUGAUCAAACUUGAUAAGCCUUUGGACUACGAGGUGAUUAAAGGAUACUACUUCAAAGUCACUGCCACGGCACAACAGGCUAAGCUUGAUUCGGUGAGUUGUGUUGAAGUUGAAGUCAAGGUAUUGGAUUUGAAUGACAACAAACCAGUUUUUGAGGCCAACUCAUAUGAUACCACCAUUAUGGAAGGAAUGCCAGUUGGAACCAGAAUCAUUCAAGUUCAAGCAAGAGACCCAGAUUCUGGAGCAAAUGGCCAGGUAACAUAUAAACUUGGUUCAUCAAUCCAGUUAAAAGAGGAUUCAGACACACUGGUCAGCACUUUUAGCAUUGACAGCAAUACUGGUUGGAUCACUACACGCAAAGACCUGGAUCAUGAAACUAGCCCCUCGUACACUUUUACAGUGGUGGCCUCAGACCUUGGGGAGACCCUGACUCUUUCCAGUACAACCACUGUCACAGUUUCAUUGUCAGACAUCAAUGACAACCCUCCCAGGUUCAUGGAGAACCACAUCUUUGGUUCUGUUCAGGAGAGUGACCGCCCAGGAGAGGUUGUGGCUGUGCUGAUAACUAGAGAUGAUGAUAGCUCUGCCUUCAACCGUCAAGUCAGCUAUCACAUCACUGGUGGGAACUAUCGUGGUGUAUUUGCCCUGGGUCUGGUCCAGGGUGAGUGGAAGAUGUAUGUAAAGGGCCCACUCGACAGGGAAGAAUGCAACCUAUACAACAUCAACGUCACAGCUAGUGAUGGAUUGUUUGUUUCCCAGGCAACAGUAGAAGUGACAGUGGUAGACACCAAUGACAACAGCCCAAUCUGUGACAAGGUUAUGUAUACUGCCUACAUUCCAGAGGACCUCCCAGUCACCAGUGUUUUGUUGAGGGUUGGAGCUACAGAUGCUGAUAUGGGUAUCAGUGCUUGGAUUCAGUACUCUCUACAUGGUCCUGGAUCCCAAGACUUCACUAUUGACCCAGACAGUGGUGAGAUCAAGUCAUCUGUGCCUCUGGACCGUGAGAUGACACCUAGUUAUCAACUGGUUGCCCAGGCUACUGACGGUGGUGGGCGGUGGUGCCGUGCUGUGGUGUAUCUGACAGUAAUUGAUGUGAAUGACAAUCCACCUAUUUUCACCCAGUCUCAGUACACCACCAGCGUCUAUGAAGACACAGUCACCAAAGCCCUACUUACACGUAUCCAGGCCAUAGACCCUGAUGAAGGUCCGGGGCGUAUGGUGAUCUAUUCCCUGACUGACUCUGCAGGAGGAUUUUUCUCUAUCGACAAAUACUCAGGCAUCGUGGUCCUGGAACGAGUUCUUGACCGUGAAAUCCAGCCAUUUUAUCAGAUAACAGUUUGUGCAUCUGAUCAAGGUUCACCACUCCCGCUUUACUCACUGGUCAAUGUCACAAUUACUGUCCUGGACAUCAAUGACAAUCCACCUGUGUUUGAGCGACGUGAUCAGUUGGCAUCUGUGCCAGAAGAUGUGGGAGUAGGUACUGAAGUUCUGAGGGUUUACGCUGCCAGCAAGGACAUCGGGACUAAUGCUGAGAUUACUUACAGUAUCCGAUCAGGGAAUGAGCACGGAAAGUUCCACAUUCAUCCACUGACUGGUGCCAUUUUAGUUGCCCAGCCUCUUGAUUAUGAGACCUGCAGAGAUUACUUCCUGACAGUAGAGGCUCGUGAUGGUGGCACGCCCUCUUUGAGUGCCAUUACUACUGUGAACAUAGACCUAACAGAUGUAAAUGACAAUCCACCCAUGUUUAGCCGCAGUGUCUACACUGCAGUGGUGUCAGAGGAUGCCACUGUUGGCGAGCCUGUUGUUCAGCUGAAAGCAGAUGAUGUGGACAGUCAGCUGAAUGGAGCCGUCCUCUACUCCAUUGUCAGUGGAGACAGACACAACCAGUUCCUCAUUGACCCACUCAGUGGAGUAAUCAAGGUCAACAAGCAACUGGACCGUGAGACUGUUCCCAGCUACUCACUUGCCAUAAGAGCUUUGGAUAGUGGAACCCCUCCCAUGUCCUCCACUGUGAUGGUAAACAUAGACAUUUCUGACAUCAAUGAUAAUCCACCCACCUUUUCACCGGCCAACCUCUCUGCUGUCAUACAGGAAAACAAGCCAAUUGGUACCAGUAUCCUGCAGUUGUCAGUCAUUGAUGAGGACUCCUCUCAAAAUGGCCCACCCUUCGACUUCCGUAUCUUAUUGGGAAAUGAAGGGAGGGAGUUUGUGUUGGAAAAAGAUGGGACACUAGUAGCCAAUCAAGUAUUCAGAAGGGACCUGGCAACAGAAUAUGUAAUUCAGAUACAGGUGACAGAUUCGGGGAAGCCUCCUUUGUCAUCCUCCUCCAUACUCACAAUCAGGGUGAUUGAGGAGAGCCUCCAUCGACCAGUAGCAGUACCACUGGACAUUCAUAUUGUUACUAUGGAGGAUGAAUUUCCUGGUGGUGUGAUUGGUCAGCUGCAUGCCACCGAUGCUGACCCUUAUGAUGUUUUGACUUUUGGUCACGCUCCUUCAGCUCAGCGUAGUCUCUUUAAGAUUAGUCCUCAUGAUGGAAAGAUCAUAGCCCUGGGUGGUUUGGAUGCAGGCAGGUACUUUCUUAAUGCUAGUGUCAGUGAUGGCCGCUUUGCUGUUCCUGUACCCGUAAGUGUGCAUGUGGAGCAGGCAACACCAGACAUGUUGCGUGAAGCAGUGACAGUGCGUUUUGAGAGAGUGGCACCACAAGACUUUGUGGCGUUGUACUUGAAAAGCAUGUUAAAUGUGCUCCAGCAGUCUGCUGCUACUCAACAGCAGGACUCACUGCAUUUGCUAAGUUUGCAGCCAGUUGGAGGGACGCAACAGCUGGAUAUGCUCAUCACCAUGGAAAAAGCAGGUGGUGGAUACUAUAAGGCAGCCUACCUCACCCAAAAACUAAGUGCAUCACGGCGAAACCUGGAGGAAGUGCUUAGAGUGUCAGCUAUCCUGGAUAAGAACUGUUCUGGAUUAGACUGUCGUGGGGCUCAGUGCGAACAGAGCAUUGUCUUGGAUUCACACAAUCUCGCUACAUAUAGUAACCCACGGGUCAGCUUUGUCUCACCUCGCUUUCACCGGACCUCACGCUGUACAUGCAAUGAUGACAGCUGUUCUGUCCUGUCAGAACAAUGCGAGGACCAACCCUGUCCACCAGACAUGCAGUGUGUUUCAAUAGAGGCCAAUAGAGGGCGUUAUGCAUGCCAGUGUCCACAAGGCAAACUUGGAGAGUGUGCAGGACAUUCAUCUUUGAGUUUCUCAGGUAACAGCUACAUCAAGUACAGACUCUCUGGCCAGCUGCAAACAGAGUUGAAACUGAACCUGAGGAUCAGAACACUGCAGAGCCAAGGAAUUAUCAUGUACACACACACUGAGCCCUGCACUGUGCUUAAGUUGGAGGAUGGGAAGCUGUGGUUCCAGUUGGCUUGUGGCCUUGGUGGAAAUGAUGACAGCCCUGACAUGCUGGGCAUCUCGGGUCGUCGUAUCAAUGAUGGGAGCUGGCACACAAUGGCACUUGAACUGAAUCGCAACUUCAGCAGCUUGGCACUUGAUGACAGCUAUGUUGAACGACGCCGUGGAUCAUCAUUUGCACAGAGACUGCCUACAACUAUCUUCUUUGGAGCACUGGUGCAGCCCCCAAACUCUCGUAGCCUCAUGGAAUCCCAGAAGGACCCCCGGGUGCUUUAUGGAUUCCAAGGUUGCCUGGACUCUGUAAUGCUGAACAACAAUGAGCUCCCAUUGCAGAACAAACGUUCGCAGUAUGCAGAGGUGGUGGGACUGACAGAGCUGAAACUGGGCUGCAUUCUCUACCCUGAUGCAUGUCUGCAGCAGCCAUGUCACAACGGAGCUACUUGUACAAGUCUACCCGCCGGUGGGUUCUCAUGCAGUUGUAAACCCCAGUACACUGGGGGGCACUGUGAGAUGGAGAUAACAGCAUGUGUUCCCAACCCAUGUCAUAACAGCGGUGUGUGUAAGCCCAUUGGCAAUGCAUUUCUUUGCAGCUGCAGGAGAGGCUUCAGGGGCCUGACUUGUGAGGAAGAUGUGAACGAAUGUGACCGCAGGAAUCCAGAGGGGGAGUGUGAGAAUGGUGGCACCUGCAUCAACACUCACGGCUCCUUCUACUGUAACUGCACGGCAGGCUUUGUGGGUCAGCGCUGUGGCCUGAGGCCUGUUGUUGUCCCCGACAUGCAGGCUGGUCACGCUGUGGUUGGUAGGGAGGAGCUUAUUGGCAUUGCUGUCGUACUUUUUGUCAUCAUCACCCUCAUCAUCCUCUUCAUUGCAUUCCGCAAGAAGGUCUUCCAGAAAAACUACUCGCGGAACAAUCUAUCUCUGGUGCAGGACCCAGCCACUGCAGCACUCCUUAACAAGGCCAAUGGUGUUCAGUUUAAGACCUUACACUGCACCUCAGGAGACCCUCUCAACCUGUACUCAGAGCCAGGUGUGGAGUCUGCGAUGUUGGGAGGGGGUGGGAUGAUGGGACCUCCACAGGUCCCUGUGAGACCCAUGGCAUACACGCCCUGUUUCCAAGGAGACCCACGUUCCACGCUAGAGAAGAUGGCAGAUGGACGCAGUGUGGAACAUACAGAGAUGAGUACCUUUCACCCUGAGUCACCAAGGAUCCUUUCAGGAACCACUAGGAGAGGGGUGGUGGUGUGCAGCGUGGCCCCCAACCUUCCACCAGUGUCACCAUGUCGCUCAGACUGUGACUCCAUAUGCAAGAGCCCAUGGGAUAAUGAUGAGUGUAAGGUGGACGACAUGGCAGAAGAAGUAACAUGUUUCUCAGGAAGCAACAAAGGCAGUAACUCAGAGGUCCAGUCACUGAGCUCCUUUCAGUCUGAUUCUUGUGAUGACAAUGCCUCCAUAGUGACCGUCAUUCGACUGGUAAAUGAUGCAGUCGACACAAUCGAAAGUGAAGUGUCAGAUAUGGACCAAGGUCAAACCUUCAAUAGAGCAUAUCACUGGGAUACAUCAGACUGGAUGCCAAGCCCGAGGCUCUCAGACAUUGAAGAGGUGCCAGGCUACGAGGCAAGUCAUGGAAACGAAGUAGCAGGCUCGACCCCUUGCCUUAGCGAAAGUACUCGAGAACUGGAGUCAGAUUACUAUCUAGGGGGCUAUGACAUCGACAGUGACUAUCUCCCUCCCCACGAAGAAGAGUUCCUUAAUCAAGACCAACUGCCACCUCCACUGCCCACAGGUGAGGAUUAUACUGAGCCCUAUGCACCAUUUUCUACCAAUACACCACUUUCCAAGGAGAGCACACUGAGCACAAGACAUCAGCAUGCCAGACCAUAUUUCCACCCUAGCCAGUACCUACCUCCCCAUCAAAUACCCACUGGGGAGGCGCCAAAUGAAAUUUUUAGCUCUUCAUUGAGUGGGCGAACACCAGGAAAUGGGGACACUGAUGACUCUGUGUCCCGAAGUAUCCGACUGUCCGUUGGUGCAUCAUCAGCCUCAGACAUGUCAACCCCCUGUGGGCUGGACGACUCUGAACAUGGCAGUGACUUUGACAGUAUGGAUGAGCUUCAUCGGGGGGUGACCAUCAUCACGGACUCACAGCAACAGACUGAGGUGUGAUUAGCUAUACAGCACAAGAGUACCAACCAGUGGGAGCAUAGCAGUUGUGCAGAUAGAAGAUGCAAAGGAUUCUGUUAUGUCUGGGCAAGGUAAACUUCUUCAGCAGUACUAGGUACUGCUACAACUAUAUACAUUAACACUCAUUUUUAAAAAAUCACCAUUUCACCUCACUGAACAGUGACCAACAGAAUAACAAUAUUAACUGGAUUGUCAGUUCUAACCCCACUGUGUAGACCAGUUAGGAAUGAUUUUCCUACUGUAAUAGGAAUUUACUUGGAAUAUGAAAAGAAUGGGAUAGAGAAUGUGAACAUGAAAGAAUGAUUAUGGAUGUGGUAGACAGAUUUAAAACAAACAAAAAAACUAAAGGGACAAUGAUUUAAGUGACACAUUUGUAUGUUUUUUUGGUCCUUCGCAGAAGCCCAUCGGACAAUUUUUUUCUAUUUAAAAAAAUAAAAUAAAAUAAAAAAAAUGUAAAUUUUCCUCCAUGCUUUGUAAACUUUGUAGUGUGCUGAACUGUACAGACUGUAAAGUAUUUUGACCUCACUGGUGAAAAGUAUGAAAACAUACUUUAAAAGCCGUUUUUGUUUCAAUGUAAAAUGUGCCCAUCCACACCUCACCUGUAUGCUCCCUGCUCCAAAUCUUUAAAAGACAAUUACAUUUCAAACUUUCUCUUUCCUUAGCUUGAAAAUUAAAUUUUUCAUCAUUUUUUUAAAAUUCUGUUGUGUGUGGAUGCCAAAAGCUGCUGUAGUUGUUAAUGUAUGAUAAAAAUCUAUUAUAAUAAAUUGUACUAAAAAUUGAUAUUGAAAUGUUAUGCAUACAUAAGAUAAAGAAUUUAUGUUCAAUUUUUAAAUAGAAUGGGUAUCCUGGGAUUGAUAUUUAAUUUUCACCCAGUAUUGUUUUAUUAUAAGGAUAACAUGCUUACCACCUUCACUGACUAUUGUGUUCUGUUCAUAGUUAUGGUCAUCUUGUGUUUUAUAAUUUCAUUAGUUUUAUUCACAUUUGUAUAACCUCUGCCUUCGGUUCCCUCAAGUACUUUCAGGUCAGUUCAAUUUUGAGGUACUCAUACGUUUUAUUGAGAAAUGGAGGAGAAUAUUUCCCUACAUUUUUAGAACUGGUUUGGAUCAAAGGUGCUGAGAAAAAAGAUUCCACGCACCUCCACUUUCUUUAAUUUUGUGUGCAACACAUUCUAAAUUCUAUCCUCAUGCUAAGAUGUACAUUCAGAUUAAAUAUAAAAUAAAACAAAUACAACCUGAGUAAACACAAAAUAUUAACUUUUGACUUUUAACCUCUUCAAAUAUCUUAAAGAAACUAAAUUUUGCACAACUCUUUUUUUCGUUUUUUUUUUUUUAAACUGUGAACAUAUCUUGAUGAUAUCUUAUGGGUUUUUGUUGUUGUUGUUGUUGUUUGUUUAGGUUUUUUUGUACAACUAUUUUGGGGCCGCAAUGUUGAUGGUAUAGGCAAAAAUUGCUCUUUGUUAUGAAAAUAGUUCUCACAUCCAUAAUGUGUCCCACAAAUCCUUUAAUAUUUUACCAGGAUGCCCUCGUGUGUGGAGGAUUAGUCGUCUUCUACAUUUGAAGUGUAGCUACAGUCUAGUCUCUGAGUCUGUAUCUGGGCCAUCCCAGAGCAUUUUAUAAUGCUUCUCAGACAAAUAAAUUUUCUUACUCCUCUCUUUUAGAAUCCCAAGUCUGGUUCUGAUGAAACCCUGUGUUUCUGAAAGUGGUCUGUGUAGGUGAUUGAAGAUAGGUGGCAGUAAUUGGUUAUGAAUGUGUCUAGUUCUACAGCAUCCAAUCAAUGCAAAUACAAAAAAGCAAUCAGUGUUUUUUAGUCAUAACUGAAGGCUAAAUACUGCUUCACAUAGGGUCAAUUGGUAGGUUUUACAUUACAUAAUUGCUUCCGCACAUACAAAUGUCAUUCCAUUUUAGUUGUCUUACUCAGGUUUUCUUGCUAGAAUUUUUUCAGGAUGUAGCACAACAGAACCAAGCAACCAAAACAGAACCAAGAAGGGAGUCAAGACUAUCAUGCAACACUAGUUUAAUUCAUUCACUAUAAAGGUAGGUCACAUUAGUUGAAUGCUUUAUACAGCAUUACUCAUUCACCCAUACAAGCAUCUUCUUUCUAUGCUUUUUCUACUUUUUCUGUCUAACAUUCACAUGUAUUCAUGCUCUGAUGGAUGCAUUCAAGAGCAACUUGGGGUUAUUGAAAUAAAAAAUAAAAUUAUGUGCCCUAUUGGCCAAUAAAACACAAAAAAUAAACAAUUGGUUUAAAAUAAUAAUAAUAAUAAUACUUCAAUCAAAUUGUCAACAGAAAGCUUCAGGCCCAGACUCACAGGAAUGCCCCAAUCAGGAUUUGAACCUGGAACCUUCUUUUUUUUUUUCUUUUUUUUUUUUGCCUGUCCCGUUUGGCUCUUUUGCCAUCAGAAUUAUUGUCUAAAGGCGAAGAAAGAUGCCCAACGGAUUUACUUUACCAAAUUGACCAUCCCAGCCUUGCCGUAAUGGUCCAUUUGAUUCACCUUUUAUUGUUUAUUUUAUUUUCACUUGCUGAAUACGGGACAGACUUGACUGGGGGAAAGAAAGGGGAGAAAGAAAGAGGGAAAGAAAAACAGCUGAGAAGAGGGACGGGGAAAAAGGGCAAAAAACAAAAACCAACAGAAUAAGCAGACAAAAAAUACAUAUAUCGAUCACCUGGAUCACCUGUUGAGAAAGAAAAAAGAAAACAAGCAGAAGAAAACGAGAGCAAUAGAAUAAACAACAUCACAAUGAUAUAUGGGAAUAUGACAGUAAAUACUAAAUAUUAAACAUUAUUGUGCAGCACGUAAGAUCGACAGCGCACAGUGUGCUUUGAGGUAGGAGCCAAAAAGGGUGUAGUUUGUGUGUGUGAUCACCCGUGUGUACACCUGUGAGCAUGGACGCGCUUGUUUUUUAAAAGGUUCCUUCAUGUAAUGAUCUGCUAGAGGGUGUGGGGGGCCACAGCCCCAUUCUCCAGGGCAUGACGCAGGUAUGGAGGAGAUCAAAACUCCAGACAUCCAGAGGCCCCCAGAACACAAGAGACCAAGGAAGACCAACAGAGGGGCCACUAUCCCAGAAAGAGCUGAGGAGAGUCCCAGAUGAGGGGUCACUCAGCAGCCGCGGAGCAGAAGCCAGGGGGGGUUGCAGUGACGUGCCCGUGAGCUCCGCCGGCAACCAGCUGUGCCAGAGUGACUGAGCCCCAGGCCGAGAGGCCGAGGGCACCCCAUCCCCGAAGGGGCCCGAGCGAGCCCCAGGCUCCAGGCCCCGAUAAGCAGCCACCAAGGAGUGAGCCGGUGUGUACCUGGACGCCCAUCCCCGGACACAAAGAACCACCAACGUACCGAUGUCUGAGGGCGUCCGCCACCGGCAGGGGAAGUGGUGGGGGGAGAUAGGCCUCCAAACCUUGGAGGGCCUCAGAUGUCCCCAGAGAGGUGGCGUCUGAUACCCAACCUGACAUAUAGACACAGACAUACAGGCACACACAGAUACAAACAUCCAUUCCCACCCUCAUGCUCUCAUAAGCAAUUACUCCACACUUAACCAACGUGGAGACAGAUAUAAAGAGACGCUGUACACACAAUCACACUCCCCAAGCGUACUCUAAGAACCGGGUCUAGGUACCCUUGUCCCUGGAGGGGGAAACUGCACCCAGACCCAGGUGGUGUUACCCUUUUCCCUGCGGUGGGGAGAAGCAGACCGCCCCGACUCCGCAGCAGCAGGGAGGCCCCACAUUCCAGAACCUGGAACCUUCUUGCUGUGAGGUGAUAGUGGACCUCAGGAGAGCAGGUCAUCCACUAAUUACUAAUAAGGUUAUCUUUGUCACUACAUCCCAAAGUAAUGCUCGUCUGAAUCCCAAGUUGCUCUCUGGGUUAGGGAGUGUAAAUGUGUGUGAUAGAAAGCUCCUAGGUGUAGAAAAAAGUGUUUGCAUGAAUGAGUGUGAAAUGAAUGAGGCAUGUUGUAUAAAGUGCUUUGAAUGAUCAAGUAGCGUGUUGUAAGAACCACUCCAUUCAAUGUGCUGCUAUAUUUAAAAUCUCAUGUCCAUGUCAUUGUCCAUGUCUGUAUGACCUCUGUUCCUUAUCUGCAUUGUAUAGUUCUGUGUAAAAGUCUUCUGAAAAAGCCCCUUUCCUGAUGUCAUGAUUGGGGUGUUUUUUGUUGUUUGUUUUUUUUAAGGAUGAAGUAGGUCUUUGUGUUGUUGUUGUUGUUGUUUUUUAACCUUUUUUUUCUUUCUUGGAACUCUUCCAUUUUUGUCCAGUCUCUUUCUUAUUGUUGAAUCAUGAACUCAAGUGAUGCCUGGGUUCUUUUGUGACCUGGAGGAAUUGUUGACGUGCACUUGGGCGGAGUGGUGAACCUUCCAACAAGUUGCCAGCCUACCAAAAUCAGUCCAAGUUUUCUCCAUUUGUUGAUAAUGAAUCUCACUAUUCACUUUGUAACCCUUUACAGACUGAUGCCAAUGCCUUUGUUUUUCAUCUUUUCUAGAGCUUCUUUCUGGCAUGAUGUUUUGCUUCAUGAUACCAUUUAUCGUACUUCACUUUAUCAGACACAUUCUAUUUAAGUGACUUCUUGAUUCAAGAGGUCUGGCAGUAAUCAGGCUUUGCCGUGGCUAGUGAAACUGAACUCAGCUUUCCAAUUCAUAUGGUUUGUCAAAGUUAAUAAAUGGUUCAAAAAGGAGUAAUUACUUUUUCACACAGGGCUGUGCCAGUUUGGAUAUUGUUUUCUCUCAAAGUCAUCAUUUAAAAAUUACAUUUUGUAUUUACUCAGGUUAUCUUUGUGUAAAUUUAAAAUUUAGUAGCUGGGAUUGACUCCAGCCCCACUGGAACCCUGAUACAGAAGAGCACGGAUGGAUGGAUGGAUCUUAAACAUGUAAAUGUGACAAAUAUGCAAAAAAAAAAAAAAAAAUCAGAAGGGAAAAAAAUACUUUUUCACAGCACUUUUUGAGCACACCUAUUCUCCUAUUUCGCUGUUCAGAGAUUCCACAGGAUUCCUCAAAGUUCAACAGGUGCCUGUCUCUGCAAGAACCAUUCAGCUCAGCAGUCUCACAGACCCACUUGAAAAUGGUCACCAUUGUCCCAUUAAAAGUAUAUAUGACAUCCCAGGUAAAGUUUCACACAAGAUUCCCUAAGCUCCCUAAGCUUCCCUGAGUUGUUUUGCACUGGAUGAAUGGAACUGGAGCCUCGUCACCUCGUCUCUCUAUAUACUGAACUGUAUAUAGCAGAGAUGACAACAAAGUUUACUUUGACCAUCUUUUUCUCUUAUUUAACAAACACUGGUCAAUCUGUGAUCCUUCUGACGAUAUAUGUCAAAUUUAACCCAUAAAUUCUAUGUAGAAUGAUUUGCAAAGUAUAUAUAAUAAAACAAAGUAUGAAUGUAUGUUUAAAAGUGGCUUAUUCACUAAAGCCUUAGUCAGUAAGGCUAAAAAAGUGCCAUAUAAAUGCCAGUCUAUUAGUAAUACUUCAAACAUUCUUGAAAAAUAAUGGCAGAUUAUUAUAUAGUAAAAAUUAGUCUUGCAUUUGCCUGUAUAAUAGUUUCGAAAUAGUUUCUAAAUGCAGUGCCAUAUGCUGAAGUUUUACUAUAGUAAAAGACAUAACCUGUCUAGUUAAAACCUUUAAAAAAUUGAACUGAAUAAUGCAAAGCUUCAGGGAGUAGACAUGUUUUAAGGCAUUGCAAGUGUUAUUUUGUAGCAUCUGCACCAUAUCUAAAGAGACAAGUUAGAUCCUUAUCCAGGUUUACUAUAUCCUCAAAAAUAUUUGGCUGCUUCAUCUCACCAGUGUACUGUACUAUUGUGUGUCUGAUCCUGUAAACCAGGCAGCUCCUUUCCUUUGUAAAAGAUGCAAAUGUGUUUUGAAAUUUGUACAGUGUACAGAGCUAGACGAAAUUCUGCCUAGAUGAACUGUCUUUGUGUUUUUCAUGUGCUAUUUGGAUGGAUGUGGAGAGUUUAAAAUUUCAGUUAACUCCAUUGCACAUCUGCCACUGAUUGCGUGGUCAGUGCUAUUUUUACUCUUUAACCACUACUUUUAAGGUCCACAUGAAUGCAAAAUCAAAUUUAAUAGGUUUUGGACAGUAUUCUGUUUAUUCCAUUCCAACAUAUGUUCUUGCUUUUGAUAAAAGAUG